AUGGCACACCAGUCCACGCAGCCCUACCACCACUCUUUUGCACCAAUGUCGGCACCUCACUCUUCCCACGCCAGCUCUGGCUCCAACGUGGUCGGCGUGCACUACCGGAUCGGCAAAAAGAUCGGAGAGGGUUCGUUUGGCGUCAUCUUCGAGGGUACCAACCUUCUCAAUAGCCAGACUGUCGCCAUCAAGUUUGAGCCGCGCAAGAGCGAUGCCCCGCAGUUGCGCGACGAGUACCGCACCUACAAGAUUCUCGCCGGUUGCCAUGGUGUCCCCCAGGUCUACUACUUUGGCCAGGAGGGCCUGCACAACAUCCUGGUCAUCGACCUCCUGGGCCCAUCGCUCGAGGAUCUCUUUGACAUGUGUGGCCGGAAGUUCAGCAUCAAGACGGUCGUCAUGACGGCGAAGCAGAUGAUCACGCGGGUGCAGACGAUCCACGAAAAGAACCUCAUCUACCGCGACAUCAAGCCAGACAACUUCCUGAUCGGCCGGCCGAUGACCAAGCUCGCCAACGUGGUCCUCGUCGUCGACUUUGGCAUGGCCAAGCAGUACCGCGACCCAAAGACCAAGCAGCACAUCCCCUAUCGCGAGCGCAAGUCGCUCAGCGGAACUGCGCGCUACAUGAGCAUCAACACCCACCUUGGACGAGAGCAAUCACGUCGUGACGAUCUCGAGGCUCUUGGGCACGUCUUCAUGUACUUCCUCCGCGGCGGCCUGCCCUGGCAGGGUCUCAAGGCGGCGACCAACAAGCAAAAGUACGAGAAGAUCGGCGAGAAGAAGCAAAGCACCCCCAUCAAGGAGCUCUGCGAGGGCUUCCCCGAGGAGUUCGGCAUCUACCUCAACUAUGUCCGCAAGCUCGGUUUCGAGGAGACGCCAGACUACGACUUCCUGCGCGAGCUCUUCACCAAGGUGCUCAAGAGCUCUGGCGAGGCCGAGGAUGGCGUCUACGAUUGGAUGCUCCUCAACGGGGGCAAGGGGUGGGAGGCCGGCACCCACCGCGACCGCCGAGACGACCGCGAGCGACACCGCGAGCCUCGUGCAGCGCUGCCACCGGCGCAGCCCACGCACCCGACGCAGGCGGCGCUGGCGAGGAACGGAUCCAAACAGGGGCGCAAGUCCGGCGUUCCUGGGCCACAGCAGCACAUGGCAAGUGAGCGGAGCCAGGCAGCGGCGCUGCGUGCCAGCCACGGAGACUUUCCACAGAACGGGUCAGGGUACGGCGGCGUCGGCCACGCGUCCAACGUUGCUGUACACGACGCCACCGUCGCAGGUGUUCCUCACCAGAACGGCACGCGCGAACACAGCCAGGUCGGGCAGAUGACGCCGACGGGCAUGACUGGCAGCGGCGUCGGCAUGGACGCCGGGCGCCGCGCCGAGGCCCGAGGCCAGGUGUCGGGCAUGGCCAACGGCGAGGAGCACCCCGCCGAGCGCAAGACGUUCGGGCAGAAGCUCGUCGACGUGCUGACGUGCCGAUGUGGCUGA